AUGGAUGGAAAUAUUUACUAUGACGAAGAGAUCAUAACCCCAACUACUACUAGAAUAGACGGGAAACCAACACUUGGUUCUUUUUUUAAUAAGGAUGGUUUAUUAUUGGCAACGUAUGGAUGGUUGGUUCGGAAUGCUAUAGGUAUUAUAGUAAUGAUUCAUGGUCUUGGUUCACAUGCAAGAUUAAACUUUCUGAGGCACAAUGUUGAAAUCGUGGAUAACUCCAAAGUUAUAUUAAAAGAUGAAAACAAUUUUUACGUGUACAAAAAUAGCUGGAUAGAGCAUUUUAAUAAUAUGGGGUGUUCUGUGUAUUCCUUAGAUUUACAAGGACACGGAUUGUCCGAUGGGUGGAACAACUUAAGACUUAAUAUUAACGAAUUUGAUGAUUUAGUGCUUGACGUAAUACAAUAUCUUAAUAUAAUUAAUGAUGAAUUAUGUUUAGAAGAAGAAAUAAAUGCAUCGAAGGCAACUUGGGAAGACGUUAAGGAUUGUGCUACGCUAUGUGAUGGCGACAAUGACCGUAAUAUUGAUGAAUGUAACAGAAACAGGCGGAGUGAUAAUGAUCCCAGAAGAAACAAGGAUCUCCAACGUGAUAAAGAUGCCAGAAAAAAUAAGCCUCUCCAACGUGAUAAUGAUCCCAGAAAAGACAAGCAUCUCCAACGUGAUAACGGCCCCAGAAAAGACAAGGAUCUCCAACGUGAUAAUGAUCCCAUCCAACGUGAUAAUGAUCCCAGAAAAGACAAGCAUCUCCAACGUGAUAACGGCCCCAGAAAAGACAAGGAUCUCCAACGUGAUAAUGAUCCCACAAGAGACAAGAAUUCCCAACGUGAUAAUGAACGCUGCUGUAAUAAAGAAUCGAAGACACAAAACAAUGGAAAAAGAAAAUUAAACAUUCAAGGAUGUAUUGCAUUAUCAAGUAUGAUUCGUUUUCAUAAAAUAGGUUCACCACGUUCAUAUAAAUAUAAAUAUUUUUAUUUACCAUUCUCAAGAUUAAUUAGUGGCUUCUUUCCAACGACAAGAGUUGUUAGAAACAGGAGAUUUAAAAGAUGUCCCUAUAUGAAUGAUAUUGUUAAUUAUGAUAAAAUUAUAUACAGAAAGGGGGUCACCUUAAAAUAUUUAUAUGAACUUCUAAAAGCAAUGAGUAACUUAGAGCAUGAUAUGGAAUUUAUCCCCCGUGAUAUUCCUAUAUUGAUAAUUCAUUCUAAAGAUGAUAUUAUAUGUGGUUACAAAGGUGUACUAGUAUUUUUUAAUAGAUUACGUAAUGAUAAUAAGAAAUUGAUCACGGUAGAAAAAGUGGAUCACUCAUUGACCGCAGAGCCUGGGAACGGAAAGGUCUUGGAAAGCAUCGCAGAUUGGAUUGCACAUUUAAACACAAAGAAAAAACUGGCCGAACCUUUAGGGAAAAACUAA